AGGACACUAUUUUUGUGUCAAUCAGUCAAUAUUCCUGCGCAUGUACAAACCCUCUGCGAAGCAUAACACAUCGACCCCACAUCUCUUCUACGCUCCAGCUUCAAACAGAUGUUGACAUUUUCUACCUGUCUCUGAAUUACCUUGCUUGGAUCGCUGAAUGAGUAGGUUUUUUAAACGCCUUUGGGCUCAUGACAGAAAGGUGGAGCUGAAGGACCCUGACCCUGACCUUGAUCUUCUAACUUAUCUCAGACAGUUCAAACGACUGACCGGAACAAAACGAGGCUGCGGCGAGGGAAGCUGUGGGACAUGUACCGUCAUGAUCUCCAUAUACGAUGACCGCUCUGACGUCAUUGACCACAAGUCGUGCGUGGCGUGCCUGGUGCCCCUGUGUUCCCUGCACGGCAAGGCAGUCACUACUGUGGAGGCCCUGGCAUCAGAGACUGGGCAGCUACAACCUAUACAGCGUCAACUAGCGGAGAGUCACGGCGUGCAGUGUGGCUUCUGUACCCCAGGCAUGCUUAUGUCCAUGUGCGCUCUUGUCAGACGCAAACCCCAACCCACUGAGCAGGACCUCCGGGAAGCUCUACACGGAAAUUUGUGCCGAUGUACAGGGUACCGACCUAUUCUGGAGGGUUUCAAGCAUUUUGUGAAGCCGGCGUGUGGCAUGGGGACUGCGUGCUGUCGUAACAAGCCCACGGACACGCCCACAGACACACCCACGGACACAUCCACUGAUGACGCCAAGGAGAAGGUUCUAGAAAGCAGUUUGCUCAAUGCACCACUUCUGGAGUCAACUCAGGCACUGAUUUUCCCGCCUCAACUCAAGCUGGAGACUGCACUGUUGAACUCCCAGAAUCUACAGUUCCAGAAACGUCAGGUGGCAUGGUUCCGGCCGGCCACACUGACAGAGUUAGCGGCCUUGCGGAAGGCUCACCCAGACAGUCGUGUAGUCUGUGGGAACACCCAGCUAGGUAUGUUUGCUGGCCAUUUCAUCUUCCUCGUUCAUACUGGUCUGGAGACUGCACUGUUGAACUCCCAGAAUCUACAGUUCCAGAAACGUCAGGUGGCAUGGUUCCGGCCGGCCACACUGACAGAGUUAGCGGCCUUGCGGAAGGCUCACCCAGACAGUCGUGUAGUCUGUGGGAACACCCAGCUAGGAGUGGACAAACGGCAUCUCAAGCUCUCCUACCCCCAGCUGAUAUCGCUCACUCAAGUACCAGAACUCCAAAUGGUGGAGGUGACAGAGGCUGGUCUCCGUGUGGGAGCGGCGGCCUCCAUCCAGGGUCUGCGUCCUGUGGUGAGGGCGAUCAUCGAGGAACUGCCGGAACACAAGAGCCGAGGGUUUGCCGCGCUGCUGGAGACGAUGUCAGUGUUUGCCUCCACACAGAUCAGGAACGGAGGAAGCUACAAGUCUAUCAGACCAGGAAGAAAAACGGGUGAUCCUGUCGCCACCGACAUCAGGUGUUUGAAGUACACCCCAGACAUGAACAUCCAGUUCAAGCUGCACUUCAGUGAUGAUGGCCAUCCAACUACACAACUGAACACAGAACGUCUUAAAAUCCAGCACUCCCAAGCCCCUGUGGAUGACGUUAGUGGACUUGCAGGAAGCCAGGAGGUGGUGAGCAGCAGCAGCCAGGUGUACGAGGAUGUGCCGGGAGGUCAAGGUCAGGGGGACGCCGUGGGGAGACCGCUGGUUCACCUGUCUGCCUACAAGGCCACGGCAGGACAGGCCGUCUUUGUGGAUGACAUCACGCCAGCUCAGGAUGAGCUGUUUGCGGGGUUUGUCCUGAGCACCAGGGCUCACGCCAGGAUCCUGUGCCUGGACGCGGCGAGCGCGCUGUGUGUGCCUGGUGUGGUGGACUUUGUGUCCAGGCCGGACGUGCCAGGUGACAACGUCUGGCUCAACAACGACGACUUAGUUUUCGCCGAGGACGAGGUGACCUUUGAGGGUCAAGUCCUCGGUGUGAUCGUCGCCGAGACCCCUCAGGCGGCCCAGGAAGCUGUCCAGUUGGUCAAGGUCGAGUACGAGGAUCUGGAAACUGUUGUCACCAUUAAGGAAGCCAUUACCAAGGGCGCGUUCUACGCUUGUGACCAGGUCAUCGAGUGCGGCGAAGUGGCUCAAGGCCUGGAGAGCUCGGACCAGGUUUUGGCGGGAGAAGUGUACAUGGGCGCCCAGGAGCAUCUGUACAUGGAACCCCAGGCUUGUGUGGUGGUGCCGCGGGAAGGCGACGAGUUCCAGGUCGUUUGCGCGUCACAGGGUCCUGACAUCACACAGGUCGGCAUCAGUAACCAGGGCAAGCUCAAUGCUAUGGAGGCCACUGUGUACUUCAACUGUGGGGCUACUAGAGAGAUUUCUGAUGGUAUCUGCACCAGGACCCUCCUGAACAUCGGCGGCUCGUACCGUAUCCCUCACGUCCGCGCUGAGGGCCGGUUGUGCCGCACCAACAUACAGUCACGUACGUCCAUCCGCGGAGCCGGGACACCGCAGGGCAUCUUCGCCAUCGAGAACAUUCUAGAUCACGUCGCCGCUCAUCUCGGUGCCAACCCAGAGCAGGUCCGCAAGCUCAACUUGUUCCAGGAAGGUGACGUCAUGCCCUACGGCCAACGGCUACAGGACAGUCGCCUGGUCACUUGCUGGGAGCAGUGUGAGGAACAGGCGGGCUACACAGACCGGAUCCAAUACAUGGAAAAAGCGCGGUCUCUCCUUGGUGCCUUUAGUCUACGGUAUCGGCUUUCCUUUCAAGCCAUUAAACAGGGCCAAUGUGAUGGUCAACAUUUACUCCGAUGGGUCCGUUCUGGUCCUGACUGCCGGAGUGGAAAUGGGUCAAGGACUACACACCAAGCUCAUGCAGGUGGCCAGCCGUGGACUGGACGUGUCCCAUGAGCACAUCCGGGUAACGGAGGCCAACACAGCGUACGGGCCCAACACAGUCGUGACUGGUGGCAGCAUGACCUCUGACCUGCUAGGCGGGGCGCUUGUGCAUGCCUGUGACCAGCUGAGGGAACGACUGCAGCCAAUCAGGAGCUCAGACCCGCUCAAGACGUGGCCUGAAAUUGUGAGCACAGCCUUGUCGCAAAGAGUUUGCCUGUCUGCCGUCGGAGAAUUCAAACCAGAGAUAGGAGGCAUGGACUGGAACAAAAGGGUGAACUCGCCGUUCAUGUAUCACUCGUUCGGAGCUGCCUGCACGGAGGUGGAGCUGGACUGCCUUACAGGAGCUCAUCAGGUUCUGAGGACGGACAUCGUUAUGGACGUGGGCAAGAGCCUAAACCCAGCAGUGGACGUUGGUCAGAUCGAGGGUGGCUUUGUGCAGGGUUACGGCUGGCUGCUCAUGGAGAACUACAUGGUGUCCCCGCACGGCGCUCUCCUGUCCUCGGCGGUGUCCAAGUACAAAGUCCCCUCCCUCAGCACCAUCCCGCGAGCCUUCCACGUCAAGCUGCUCAAGGGACACGGCAACCCCAGGGCCGUCUACUCCUCCAAGGCAAUCGGAGAGCCGCCUCUGUGUCUGGCCACGUCAGCCUUCCUGGCGGUCAAGUCGGCGGUCCGAGCGGCACGGACACAGGUCGGACACAGUGGUCACUUCACACUGGACGCUCCGGCCAUACCUAGCCUGUGCCGGAUGAGUUGUCUGGACGAGUUCUCCAAGCCGUUUUUGAAGGACCACGAGCAAGAGCAAGAGUCUCCCUACUUUGUCAAGCUUUAAGCUGGACGUUCUCAAACUGGCCAGAGGAGCACAGCAGAUGGCAGAACCAAACGCAUGUGUUUUUCAGGGCUGCAAGGCGAAUCUGUCGUAUUGUGCUAAAAUGGCAGUUUUUUCCCCGCCCCAUAAUGCAGGAAGAUUUCUGAUAACACUUUUUCAAGGUCACCAAUAUUUGGUAGUUAUUUUGUGACCAGGUAAGAAUAUGACAGUAGAAUACAUGUAGGUCUAGAUCUAGUUCAGUUACGAUCACUUCUCAGCUUUCAGCCAUCUUGCCAACACAUUCAAGAAAGAGAAACCUUUGCACUUUUUUGUACAUGUAUUGAAUAUGUACCUAAAUGUAAACGGUGAUUCUGAAUAAACAAGUAAUGUUAACUCUUC